AUGAACGCACCAUCCGGCCAAGCAGCAGGAGGCACGAACUGCGACAACUGGUUCCUCGGAGUGCCCUGCAUCUGCUCGGACUGCCAGAGGCAGAUGGACCACGCCUUGAGCGGCGCCUGCACAUCUGACAUGGAGUUUGGCACCGCUCAGGCCAUGGACAUCGAUCCGCAGCUCCUUGGUCUCAACGGGCGGGCGUCGCAGGCACAGCAAAACUGCAAUAACCCUUUGAUGUUCUCGCCAGUAGUACAGACCAUGCAUGGUCUGCCCCAGGGAUCUCCUCCGCAAGGCGUGCCAGUACUCGGCAGCCCCAUCCAACUCACCCUGACGCAGCCUGGAGUCUUUUCUGCAGAGGGCAUCGCUGGCUCAAACGAGUUUGGGAUGCUGCCUAUGCCGUCGACCUUUAGCCCUUUCAACAACAAGAACACGCAACUUGCCACAAGCAGCAGCUCACGCCAACGACCGAUGACCAGAGCGCGCGCCGCGUCCAUUCAGACCGCCGCCUUGAGCGACAUGUCCGACACCUUCUCCCACACCUGGCAAAGCACGCCUGGCACAGACCUGCAGGCCGCAUCUACAACCUCCUCUGCCGCGGCCACGCCCUUCAACGGCCUCUACAACCACCAGUACGGCAGUCCCGACAGCAGCGCCCCCAUCACAUCAAACCAGCAGGGCUCCUCCACCACUCACCCGCCAAACACGGGCGCAUCAAACAGCAUGAUGUCUCCUCCCAACGACAGCACCAGCAACACCCCAAGCCUCGCCACGGCCCAAAAGCCCAAGCCGAUCCCCAUCACCAACGACAUGUCGGACGCGGAGAAGGCGCGCCUCUGCGAGCUCAACGACCAGAUCUUUGCCGAGCGCCUGCGCAUCCAGCGCGCCAAGAACAACUGCGCCGCGAAAAAAUCCCGCCAGCGCAGGCUCGACCUCAUCGCCAGCCUGCAGGAGCAGGUCGCGCUCAAGCAGACCCAGGUCGAGGGCCUCGCGGCCGAGCUCGCGGCGGCGAGGGCCCAGCUCGGCGACGUCCAGGCGCAGCUCAACAGCCUGCAGGCGCACAACGCCGAGCUGCUGCGGGACAAGGUCGCGAGCCAGCAGGACGUGCUGAGCAGUCGGGCGCUCGGGGAGGAGAACGCGCGGCUGCGAGGGGAUGUGGUGAGAAUGCAGGAGCUGGUGAAAAGUCUCUGCCAGGGGAGUGUCGCUGGUGGUGGUGGCGGUGGCGAUGGAGGUGAAGCCAAGGUGCUCGCUGGCUCGCCUUUUUCAAUGGUGGAGGACAAGUAUACGUCGUAA